CCGUCGCCCGACCGCCCACCCGCCGCUGUCCUCCGCCUCCACAACCAAAGGCAACCUGCUAGUAGUUAAGGUCAUGCUUGCUUUUCGCUUUGUUGGCUAGCUGCCGCCGAGCGAGCACAACGCCGGCCCGCCCGACAGCCCAGCCCCGGCCAGACAUGCAGUGACAGCGGGCUGUGCCAAAGUCAGGUCCGUCGUAGCAGUCGCAGCUGUCGGCCAUGUCAGCGCUCGGGCGGCAUGACUCGGCCUUCGCUGUGCCGCCGGGGGGGCAUGGCAUCCAUGAUGGCUGCUUGUGCGUUGUGCUCUCUGCCUUGCCUUGCCCUGCCCUGCCCUGCUCCGAUCUGCUGUGCUCCGUUGGCCCAUCGUCAAACCGCACGACAUCCGUCUAUCCCGACACCCAGCUUCGGCUUCUGCCAGAUCUGACGUGUUCCGUGUCCGUUUGUUCGGUACAUUGCCGUACCCGAUAAGCUGCCGUCGUAGUCGCCAUCGCCACCUGCGACCGCAUCGACCGCCCGCACUGACCGCUGUCGCGCGCCCGCUGUUAUCAAUCCGCGUCCGUCCACCGCACAUCCCUGACAACUUCGUACCGGGCUGAACUGCUGCACGUUGGACCUGCCGCCUGACGACGGACAGCUAGCUGUCUCGACGCCCGACCGACCCGCCGAAAAGACAUCCCGCCCACAGCCCGUGUCGCCCGCCAUCUGUCGUGCCAGACCUGCGCCCGUAGAAGCUCAUACAGCCAUGGACGUCUCUAGACUGACCACGCGGGACAUCAACGUCCUCGAAAAGAUCAAGGACCCCGAGGCGAACCCCGCCGCCGGCAUCGUCACCGACCCCUCCUUGCCCCGCGACCCGCAUCUCACCAACUCCGACGUCUAUGACCGCGUCGUCCAGAGGGAGCGCGCCAUCAUCCAGACCAUUCAACAAGUCGAAAAGGAACUUGCCCAGUCUCACGCCGAGGACGCCCAGGAUACGGCCAUCAGUGGGUACAAGAGGUGCAUUUCCGAUCUAGACGGCCUCAUCGCCGACCACCCCGACUAUGCCAGCGCAAGGAACAACCGCGCCCAGGCAAUCCGCCGCCUCUACGGCGAUGCUAUGCUCCUCCAGUUCACAACCGGCAUGCCCAUGCCCUUGAUCCACGAGCCGGAGCCCUCGGAGAAGAGACAAGCGGCCUUGACAGCGCUUCAAGAUAUGGACCGCUCCGUUGCCCUGCUCUCUCCCGCCACGCUGCAGACGCCUGUCUCGCCCCAGGCGGCGCGGACGCUCUCCAUGGCACACACGCAGCGCGCCGCAGUCUAUCUGCGGACCUCCAAGCUGCUGUCGGACCGCCUGCUUGACGUCGACCAGAGCCGCCCCGAGUGCCUCUGGGCUAAGCUCGACUUCGAGGAGGCUGCUGCCAGAGACUUGGCGUACGGCGGCCGGUACGGGAACCAGAUCGCCAAGAGCCUUGCCGUGAGCGUCAACCCCACGGCGAAGCUGUGCGGCCAGAUUGUUCGCGAGGCCAUGAAGAAGGAGUACGGACCGUCGUUUGACUAUUGAUUCGUAGCUCUGGCGGCGUCGUACGGGGCGAUGGGUGGAGGUGAUAUCAUGGGUGCAUGUACAACCAGAGGCAUAACCAGGCUGCCUACAUUCGCAUUUUCCUGCUGGUAGAUAGACUAUACACCGGCGCAGGGCGUUCUCAGGGCUGAAAGCUGAUUUAACU